CGGACCUGACGUACCGGCGCGAUAGCAUCCGAAAGUUUGUGACUUUACGCGAGUGUUGUGAGUGAACAUGCUGCCCCGCGCGGUGACCCUCCUCGCCGCCGCGACGCUCGCCCUCACCGCCGCCCCCCCCGACCCCUGCUACGAAGAAGGACGCCCUAAACGAUGCAUCCCUGACUUCGUCAACGCCGCCUUCGGAGCCACCGUCGUCGCUUCCUCCACCUGCGGCAAGAGAGGCCCCGAACAACUCUGCGACCCCCCAGGAGAUCAGGACCCCGACAACGCCUGCAGGAUCUGCGACGCCGCCAGAUCCGACCGGAAACACCCCCCCACGCACCUCACCGACCUCAACAACCCUCACGAUGUCACCUGCUGGAGAUCCGCCGCUCUGCCACCCGCCUCCUAUAACUCCCCUCGUGAUAACGUCUCCCUAACCCUUUCCCUCGGAAAAAAAUACGAAUUGACCUACGUCAGCCUCCAGUUCUGCCCGAAAGCGGCUCGUCCGGAUUCUGUUGCAGUUUACAAAAGUGCCGAUUACGGUGUGACAUGGCAACCGUUUCAGUUUUACUCGAGUCAGUGCAGGCAGGCGUACGGAAAGUCUAACAGAGCUACGGUGACCGCCGCCAACGAGCAGGAAGCUAGAUGCUCCGACUCCCAUAGGUUGGCCGGCGACAGUAGCGCUGGUGCUCGAUUAGCCUUCAGUACCCUGGAAGGUCGUCCGAGCGCGGCUAAUUUCGACGUAUCCCCUGUGCUGCAAGACUGGGUGACAGCUACGGAUGUAAGAGUUGUGUUCGAUCGUCUGCAUAUGGUGAAUGAGGGGGAUGAGAUUGAUUCCAAAAAGCAGGCGGCUCCGGGGACGCAACAUUACGCCGUGUCUGAUUUCGCUGUGGGCGGUCGAUGCAAGUGCAAUGGACACGCGUCGCGAUGCAUUCCAAUGAAGGCUGGUGAGGUGUCGAGCGUCGGCGGGGUGCAGCAGCUGACCUGCGAGUGCAGACACAAUACCGCCGGGAGGGACUGCGAGAGAUGCAAGCCCUUCCACUUCGACAGGCCCUGGGGACGCGCCACGGCGAGGGACGCCAACGAAUGCAAAGAAUGCAACUGCAACGGCCACGCGCGGCGGUGCCGAUUCAACAUGGAGCUAUACAAGCUGUCCGGCCGGGCUAGCGGGGGCGUUUGCCUGAAAUGCCGACACUACACGGCGGGCAGGCACUGCCACUACUGCCGGGAAGGCUACUACCGCGACCCGACCAAACCUAUCACGCAUAAGAAGGCUUGCAAACCUUGCGACUGCCACCCAGUGGGAGCGAGUGGAAAGACCUGCAACCAGACGAGCGGUCAGUGCCCCUGCAAGGACGGCGUCACUGGUACCACCUGCAACCGCUGUGCCAAGGGCUUCCAGCAGUCCAGGAGCCAUAUCGCGCCUUGCAUACGUAUUCCUCGCGUGGUGACCGCAGUGCAGGCCAUGGAAGCGGUGGACGGCGAGCCGGCCCGCGCAGCGGAUCAGUGCGGGCGGUGCCGCGCCGGCGCACGCACUCUAAACCUCAACAAGUUCUGCAGCCGAGACUACGUCAUAAUGGGCAAGGUAGUGGGGCGCGAAGCGAGCGCCGGCGCAGCGAGCGGGUGGGUGCGUCUCUCUCUGAGCGUGCAGGCGGUGUACAAGCGCGGGAUCAGGAGCCGCCUGCGCCGCGGAGGCACCGCCCUCUACGUGCGCGCCGCGGACCUCGCCUGCAAGUGUCCUAAGCUCAAGAUUAACAAGUCAUACCUAAUCCUAGGAGUGGAAAAGGAGGGGUCUUCAUUGGGCCUGCCAGGACUCACAGUAGGCGAUAGAACCCUGAUGCUGGAGUGGCGCGACGACUGGCACCGCCGCAUCCGACGUCUCCAACGGCGCGCCAUCAACUGCCACUAGAACACGAAUCCCGCGCUUUUAUAUCCUCGCGAAAAAAUACGCCUGGCAAAGAUAUUGCAGUCGUGCAGCCGUGUUCUUGUUGUUUGGUAAGAAUCCGUCUUUGUUCCGUGCAUAAUGUGAAUUGAAUGUAGUUGAGUUACUGUUACUGCCAAUAUACGUGCUGUCUAUAAUAAAUCUCAUUAAUAGUCAGAUAGAUCAAGUAAUGUUACAAUUAUAGUAUAUCCAAUUCGAAUUACGAAUUUUUCGACGACUUUUUUAUGCCAAAAAUUUCGAGAGAACCUUUCUCUUCCUAGGAUUUUGUUACAAUUGUACAUUAAAUGAAAUUAUUUAUUUGAAUAGAUUUUAAUUGUGUAAGACUAAUGAUAUUUCGUUCCAUUUCAUGCAUUUUUGUAUAAUUGUUAUUUUAUAUGGAAAAUGCACAUGUUAAUAUUGUUUUAAGUACAAUUUUGAAGGUCUUGUGAUGUCCAUUUGGAGAAGGCGAGUUUGUUUCUGUGGAUGAUGACGUAUUGAUGAUGAAGUUAGAUUAGUGUACCGUAGUAAAUCAUCACCACAAAACAUAGUCACAACGGUUUUUCGUACCUCAUUUAAUGUAAACUUGUUAAGGAUUAUGUAUUAUUUAUAAUAAUAAUUAGCUAAUAGAUUUUCUACUAAACCGAAAUUGAGAUGUUUGUUACUGGUAAGUUUACUAAAGCUGAAAAAAUAAGUACAUAUUUAUAGACAAUUUAUAACUCAAUAAAAAAUACCCUUUUUAAUAUUUCAUUAAUCUCGGAUUAUUCUCAACUUUUUCCUUAUUUCAAUUUUACUUAAUUUGCAUCUUGUACCCCAACUUUAAGGCUCCGUUCAUGCAUAUAUUGUUUUUAUACUAAAAAUGUGUUACCAAUGAAACCAUCAUUCAAUAGUAGGUAAUACCAAAAAAAUUGCCUACUCAUAAUGAAUCAGCUUUGCAGUUAUUGUUCAUUUUUGGGAACAAUAAUUUCCCAAAAUUCUUAAUUUUUCCGACAGAAUAAAGUC